AUGUCUAACCCUGGUUUAUCAACAGCUCAGGAGAAUACUAACAAGAUAAAUGCGGCUCUGAAUGUAAUCAAGAACAAGCCGGUGGAUCGCAGUAAGUCCGGAACUAGAUCUCGGGAGUCUGAUCUGACGACGUAUACAUUGGAAGAUGGGAAACAAGUCUCAACAGUCGAAAGGGUGGUUUCUUCAGUGCCGGCCGUUGCCAGAAAAGCGCCUACUGAUGAAGAGCUCUUUCAACCCAACGGGCUUCCAGACACUGAUUUUUUGUGUGACUAUUUCAAACGCGAAGGAAGAUUAACUCAAGCACAGGCAUUGCGUAUCUUGAGCAUGGCAACAGAAUGUCUGAGUAAUGAGCCGAAUUUGCUGCACGUCCCAGCUCCCGUUACGGUAUGUGGUGACAUUCACGGCCAGUUUUAUGAUUUGAUGAAAUUGUUUGAAGUCGGCGGAGAUCCUAAGUCUACUUCAUAUUUGUUUCUAGGGGACUACGUCGAUCGCGGUGCUUUCUCGUUUGAAUGUCUCAUUUACUUAUACAGUCUAAAACUCAAUCUCAAAAACUUUUGGCUGCUAAGAGGGAAUCACGAAUGCAAACAUCUCACGUCUUACUUCACUUUCAAAAGCGAAUGCCUCCACAAAUAUGAUAUGAAAGUGUACGAAGCAUGUUGUAAAUCCUUCAACGCGCUGCCCCUGGCUGCUGUCAUGAAUGGUCAAUAUUUCUGCGUUCAUGGGGGCAUUUCGCCUGAAUUGAAUAGCUUGGAUGACGUGAAUAAGAUUAACAGAUUUCGGGAAAUUCCUUCUCGGGGUCUCAUGUGUGAUUUGAUGUGGGCUGAUCCGAUUGAAACUUACGACGAAGAUGCCGAUGAUUCAAGUAUUGGAAAUUUUGUACCCAAUACCGUAAGAGGUUGCUCAUUCGCGUUCACAUACCAAGCGUCAUGUGCCUUUUUGCAUAAGACGGGGCUGUUAUCUAUAAUCAGGGCUCAUGAAGCGCAGGACGCAGGCUAUCGAAUGUACAAGAACACAGAGACUUUAGGCUUCCCCAGUCUCCUAACGUUGUUCAGUGCACCGAAUUAUCUGGAUAACUACAAGAACAAAGCCGCGGUUUUGAAAUAUUCUGACAAUGUUAUGAACAUACGGCAAUUCAACAUGUCACCCCAUCCAUAUUGGCUUCCAAAUUUCAUGGACGUUUUCACUUGGUCGCUACCGUUUGUUGGUGAAAAGGUCACAGAGAUGCUGGUCUCGAUUUUGAACGUUUGUACUGAAGAGGAAUUAGGAGAAGAAACACCGUUAAUAAGAGAAGAGGUUGGGCAUACGGAAGCGGUCAAAGAGCAAGUUCAAGUUAACAAGGUUAAUUCAACAACCGAAGAGGGGGAAAGUUCAAUUUUGAAUGAUAUGGCUAAAAGAAGAGCUUUGAGAAAUAAAAUUUUGGCUAUUGCCAAAGUCUCGAGAAUGUUCUCGGUUUUGAGGGAAGAAAGUGAUAAGGUCGAAUAUUUGAAGACGAUUAACGCUGGUAUGCUACCUCGAGGAGCACUUUCUCAUGGUGUAGAAGGAUUCAAUGAGACUUUAACGAGUUUCGAGAAAGCCAGACGAGAAGAUCUCGUGAAUGAAAGACUUCCGCCACGUUUAGAGGAACUAGGGAAGCAGCGGGAAGAUUUUUACAAGAAGGUUGUCAACAAUGCAAAGAAAUAA